CCGGAUGUGGGGAGGGAGGAGGCGGCCAAAUGUGAGGAGGCAGAAUUAAGCGCCGAGUCUCUUGGCGACUUGGCAGAAAAGUGGAGUGGACAGGCCUGCAAUUGCCCCUGGGCAGCGGGGAGACGUUAGUUGGCUUUGCCCUGCAGGAGCGCUCGACUUGGCACCAGAAUUCUUACUGCUUUGCCAUUAUGCAGCUCUUGUAGCGGAUGGGACUGUAAAGUCAGAUGCUACAGGGCCUAGCCUUUCAACCAACUCUAGCUUCUCAACUACCCUCCUCUCCCAUCCUACCCCCUAGUCCCUACGUCCAUCCCAGCCCACCCCACCCCAACUCUAGCCCUUUCCAGCUUGGGUGUCCGGUUACUGCUCUUCUGUUCUGUGACUUUGGCCCAGGCUAGGGGGAAGUGGCCCAGGAGGGUCCCGUGCGGUUGCAUAAAAUUGGCAGCUUCAGAACUAGGGGAGGGGGUGGGGUGUGCGACGUCGAGGGGGCGGGGAGAGGGGGCGGAGGAGCUGAUCUCCGAGUGCAAGUCCGUGGGCUCUGUCACAGAUUCUCAAGUCGGAGCAGAGGUGGCUGACGGGCCCUUUCCACUGCCUGCUUUUUUGGACAGGAGUCACGGCUGCUCUGAGGGGCAUAGUCCCGGACACUAGGGUGCCACUCACGCGCUGAUGCCCCAAGUGCUCUCAGGGCUUCCACUAAUCAUGCCACAGCCGCCCGCCGCUGCCUUGGCGCUGCCCCUGCUACUGCUGCUGUUACUGCUGGUGGUGCGGACGCCGCCUCCGACUGGCGCGCGGCCACCCCCAGGUCCUGAUUACCUGCGGCGCGGUUGGCUCCGGCUGCUGGCGGAGGGCGAGGGCUGCGCUCCCUGCCGGCAAGAAGAGUGCGCCGCGCCGCGGGGCUGCCUGGCCGGCCGGGUGCGCGACGCGUGCGGCUGCUGUUGGGAAUGCGCCAACCUCGAGGGCCAGCUCUGCGACCUGGACCCCAGCGCCCAUUUCUACGGGCGCUGCGGCGAGCAGCUUGAGUGCCGGUUGGACGCAGGUGGCGACCUGAGUCGCGGAGAGGUGCCGGAGCCGUUGUGUGUCUGCCGCUCGCAGCGCCCGCUCUGCGGUUCCGACGGCCGCACCUACGCCCAGAUUUGCCGCCUGCAGGAGGCGGCCCGUGCUCGCCCGGACGCCAACCUCACUGUGGCGCACCCCGGGCCCUGCGAAUCCGCACCCCAGAUCCUGUUGCACCCAUAUGACGUUUGGAAUGUGACAGGGCAGGAUGUGAUCUUUGGCUGUGAAGUGUUUGCCUAUCCCAUGGCUUCCAUAGAGUGGAGAAAGGACGGCUUGGACAUUCAGCUGCCAGGGGACGACCCCCACAUCUCAGUGCAGUUUAGGGGUGGACCGCAGAGGUUUGAGGUGACGGGCUGGCUACAGAUCCAGGCUGUGCGUCCCAGUGAUGAGGGCACCUACCGCUGCCUGGCCCGCAAUGCCCUAGGCCAGGUUGAGGCCCCAGCUAGCCUGACAGUCCUCACACCAGACCAGCUGAACUCCACAGGCAUCCCCCAGCUCUCAUCUCUGCACCUGGCUCCUGAGGAGGAGGCUGAAAGUGAAGAGGGUGAAGAUUACUACUAGGCACCCCAAACUGUGCCCAUAUAAGAUGAUGAAUUUAAUCCAUAAAAAAAAAAAAAUAACGGAGAAACAUGAUUGUCAAGGAAGAAAGAGAAGUGAAUGGAAGGACGUGGAACUUUGGAGAUCCUUGAAAUGGCUGGGGUGCUAUCCUUGGUCCUGACCAAUAAAGGACCCAGGAAUUGCCCAGA